CACAAGCUGUUCAUUUGCUGGUGAUAUACCAUUUAAGGCUCCCACAUCUAUCGGAAAUUAUGAAUAUCCAAAAGGUAUCAAUAUUCCAGAAAAUUUUACCAUACCGGCUGGGAAUGUCUUUAAAUUUGUAGUAUAUACCGGUGGAUAUAUCUGGUAUAAAUGUAACAAUAAUAACUGGGUAGCUGAUGAUUAUCGUAACUUAUAUUUUAAUCACAAAGAGGAUCUUGCCAACUAUCCCACUUCAGCUGUGGCUGCAGUACGUCUUGAAG